UUUUUUUUGAGGGAACACAUUUUUUAAAGUUAUGAUUGGCAAAUUGUGAUCUCCUCUUGCUCUAGCUGUCAUCACUCCUUUCCCCCACCGACCACGAACGCCACGCGGUCUCCACUCGCUUCGUCCACUGCAGAUCGCCUCGACGCCCUCACCCUCAGCGACAGCGGCGAGCAUGUCUUCGUCGGAGAAUAUCACGGUCACCGAGCGCGGCGGCAAGGACAAGGAUAAUGUGGGCGGCGACAACAAGGACCAGGGCGGCGGCGGGUUCAUCGAGAAGGUGAAGGACUUCAUCCACGACAUCGGCGAGAAGAUCGAGGAGGCGGUGGGCUUCGGCAAGCCCACCGCCGACGUCUCCGGCAUCCACAUCCCCCACAUCAGCCUCCACCGCGCCGACCUCGUCGUCGACGUCCUCAUCAAGAACCCCAACCCCGUGCCCAUCCCGCUCGUCGACAUCGACUACCUCAUCGACAGCGACGGCCGCAAGCUCGUCUCCGGUCUUAUCCCCGACGCCGGCACCAUCCACGCCCACGGCGAGGAGACUGUCAAGAUCCCCGUCUCGCUCGUCUUCGACGACAUCAAGAGCACCUACAAGGACAUCCAGCCCGGGAGCAUCAUCCCCUACCUCGUCCGCGUGGUCCUUCUCGUCGACGUCCCCAUCAUCGGCCGGAUCAAGAUCCCAAUCGAGAAGACCGGCGAGAUCCCCGUCCCCUACAAGCCCGACGUAGACGUCGAGAAGAUCAAGUUCCACAGGUUCUCCUUCGAGGAGACCACCGCUACGCUGCACCUCAAGCUCGAGAACAAGAACGACUUCGACCUCGGACUCAACAUGCUCCAGUACGAGAUGUGGCUCGGCGACGACAACAUUGCCUCCGCCGAGCUCACGCAGAGCGCCAAGAUCGAGAAGCAGGGGAUCACUAGGAUGCAGAUGCCGUUCAGCUUCAGGCCCAAGGAUUUCGGAUCAGCUGUCUGGGACUUGGUCAGGGGUAAGGGAACAAGGUACACCAUCAAGGGCAAGAUUGAUGUGGACACUCCGUUUGGGAACAUGAAGCUGCCCAUAAGUAAAGAGGGUGGAACCACUCGCCUGAAGAAGGACGACGACGAAGACGAUGAGGAUUAAAGUGCUGCUGUAAGUGAACAGCCAAGAUAGUGAAGCAGGGAGAAUGUCAUAUGGGGCGUGUCCACCUGUGAGCUUGCCGCUAGUCGAGCUCUUGCUUUAGUUCUUGAUGUCUUGUUUGAUUGCAGAUCUGAUGUGUGAACCUCCUCUGUCCAAUGGCUUCAUCGUGCACUGGUGUUGUGACUGCUUGUGCUGUUCAUCCUAGUUGUCGCAUGCAUAUGAAUUCUAUCUGUGUUAAGGGCUCCAAACUUUGUAAUCGGAAGAACGUUAACAAUAAAGCCCAACACCCCUUGUUCUUUGUGGGGUUGGUUGGUCAGUUUUCCAUUUUA